GAAUUAUGGUCUAAACAUUUUUUUUCAGAAUAAAAUGAAUCAAAAAUUAGAUAGACCUUUCAUAAAUAUUUAAAAGUACAGUUGUUCUUUUAAAACAAACACUUUGCCAGGUCAAGAUUAGAUGUCCUUAAUGCAGCCGAUCCAAGAUGUUAUUGUGAGAAAUCAUUUUAAAAAUCAUACAAUUGUAGGUGUGGGGCAGAUAAUAGGUAUGUCAGAUGCCAGUUUUUCCGAAUCAAUCUUACUCACAGAAAACGCACUGUAUUUCUGCCUUCUCUACCUAGGGUUCAAGCCAGCCAUUUCCAUUAUAUUGAAGGAGGAGUUUUCUAAGUAUGCGUUUUCCAAGAUAUUUGAAUCCGGAAGAGAGGAUAUUGAAAAACUAAGAAAUAUCCUGGUUAACAAUGAUUAUGAAGAAGCUGGGACAAAAAUCACCGAAUACUUGAAAGCAAGAGUUGAAAACCCGGCAUCUAACAAAGAAAAGAUAAAAGUUCAAAGUUUACAAUCUACUUUGUUAAGUACUGGUGUAAACUCUGAUCAGGAAGUAUUGACAGAAAAUGAAAGAAAAAAGCUCAAUUUCCCAGUUGUAGAGAAGUUGACAAAUGUUGGACAAAUCACAGUUAACAGAACAGGAUCGCGUAGGGAUGAAGAAAAAUUGAACUCUCUUCUGAAACAACUAGGAUUCCAAGUAAAUAUAAAUUUGAUCUCAAGUAAUAAUAUUUAUAUAAUAGUUUGCUUGGGUGUCUGUCUGUCUGAUUGUCUGAUUGUUUGUAUUCAAUAAAGGAAAAACAGCUGAUCCGAUCGGACCCAACUUUUGUGUGGGACCGCACAUGUCCCCAGGGAAAGUUUAUGGAUGAUCAAAAUUUCAAAAUUAGCCUCCAAAAAAAUUCAACAAAAUUCGAUUUUCAUAAA